GACGAUUCAAGCUCUCUUCCACCUAGACGGAGCUUUCGAACCUCAAUUUUCCUCUCUUGUCUUUAACCCCCUCUUCAAUUCCCUCUUGCCAUAACCGUCUUCCACAGCCCAACACAUCUCAAGAGAAACGUCACCUCCGAGCCCCGCUCCCACUCCAAACCCACCCACCCACAAUGUCUCUCCUCCGCCUCUCCCGCACACGCCUCCCCUACAAAUCCCUCCUCCGUCGCUCCUUCUACACCACGCCUCCCCUCCCCCGUCGCUCCUUCUACACCACACUUCCCCUCCCCCGUCCCUCCUUCUGUAUCACACCUCCCCUCCUCCGUCGCUCCUUCUGCACCAUACCUCCCCUCCUCGCCGACAUCCAACCCACAAUCCUCCCCCGCCUGCAAUCCGAUCUCAAAAUUGCCAUGCGCUCAAAAGACAAACAACGCCUCAAUGUCCUCCGCUCUCUGCUCGCCGAAAUCACAAAUGCCUCCAAAACCGCAAAACCUAUUCAAACCGAUGGCCAACUGCUGUCCCUCGUACAGAAACACAUUUCCUCGUCGCAGCAGGCGAUUGAUGAGUUUGAGAAGGCGAGGAGACUGGAUUUGGUGGAGAAGGAGCAGGGCCAGGUGGAUAUUUUGCAGGCGUAUGUUGAUGAAAUUCCAAAGCUGGGUGAGGCGGAGGUGGAUGGAAUGGUGGAGGACGUGAUGAGGGGGUUGCAGGCGAAACCGCUAAAUUUUGGGAGUGUGAUGAGGGGAAUGGUGGAGGUGAUUCAGGGGCGGCCUGUGGAUAUGGAGUAUGUAAGAACGGCGGUUAGGAAGGUUACUGGGGGGAAGUAGAAGUGGACUUUCGCUUAGGAAAGAGCUGGAGUAUAUUAUAUGUAUAUGUAAGACUAGAUGUACA